CAUGGAAGAAGGACAGAGACAGAAAAUGGCUGAUAAGAGUUUGCUGGGGCUGAUUUUUCUCUGCUCAUUUCUCAAAGGCACCAGUGGACACACAUAUCUCCAUAUGUUCAGCAGUGAUGGUGAGAGCGUCAGUCUGCCCUGUGUCAAUGCUUCUACUGGCUGCACAUCAACUACAUGGAUGUAUAAUAGGGAAAGAAGUUCAGGGACAGUUGUAUUAUUUAAAGAAGGGAUGAAGAAUAAUGAUACAGAGAGACGUGAGAGGCUGAGUCUGGGGUCUGACUGCUCUCUGAACAUCUAUAAAGCCACAACUGAAGAUCAUGGAUAUUACACCUGCAGGAAACAUGUAAAUACACAGAGAUAUACUGAUGACAGUGUUAAUCUGCAUGUUCUUCGUGUCUCUCCAUCAUCCACACAGACUGAGAUUAGACCUGGACGCUCGUUCUCUCUCUCCUGUCAGUUGUAUGUUUAUGAUGGAUAUAGUUGUGUUAACCUCUUCUAUAAUGAGGGAAUUAAACUGGUCUGGAAGAAUGAGACUGAUGUGGAUCUGCAGUCAGACUCCAGAUAUCAGAUCUCAUUCUCUCCUGAACACUGUAACAGUUCUCUGACUACAACACUCCUCAAUGAAGACGACAACACAGAGUGGAGAUGUGCGAUUACUAAAGGAACUAAAGACCAGACCUCAGUCAGAUAUACUGUCACGUACUUGGGUAAGAAAACUAAAUGUAUGCCAAUGUCAAUAUUCAGCUCAAUGCUGGAAAUAUGAAUAUUCCUCUAUAAGUCUGUAAAUAUAAAUAAUGCUGUUCUGAAGAGAUCAGUUCGUCAGUUACUUUGACUAUAAUCAUAUUAUCUUGUGAUACUAU